UGAUUCUCAACAGCUCAUAUUGUGUGUGAGUGUUGGAGUUGUCACUUUUGUAUGUUGUAUAGCUACAUUUUCCAAGAUUGACUGAAAUUAUCUAAAGCAUGAAAAUACAUUCUUUUCUAGACUGAAUUGGAUCAGCGGAUUUUACAUAGUGCUCUACAACUAAGUGGAAAACUCACGGUUCUAAGUCUUAGACAAAAAUCAAACUAUGGAUAUAUUCAAGUUGUUUCUAAGACAGCAGUGCCACAAUGCCAUCCAAAACAAUAGUCUGUGGCUGAGAACCGAUCUUAACAUCAAACUCCUCAGGCUGCAACAUUAUUUCACACUCCAGUGAAGUAGUUGCCAUGGAGAGGCCAAAACAAUUCACUGACUCCAAAGGGCAACAAAAUACAGAAAACAUUUACCUUGUUUUCCAAAUACUGGAAUUUGUCAUGUUGUACUCUGCAACCAAACUAAGGGAGCUUGUCGAUCCUGCACCCAUCCUGCCACCAGGCUUGGUUGUUCGCCCUGGAAAGGAUGCCCGUGGAUUCUAUCCUGGAGAACUGGGACGGGUCCACCAGACACACAUGCCCAGAGGAGCUCCAGGAAUAAGGAUCAGAGAUGGGUAAAGAACAGCCAAGACAAAGGCAAUACAACAGUACAAAAUAUGGAAGCAACUAGAAACUGUUCAGUAAGAUUUUGCAGACUAUCAACAUACCAUCAGGUAUAUCUAGUUUUUGGGGUGGUUUUUUUUUGCUCAACUUAAAUCUCUGUAGAGAAAGACAGAGGUUUACACGUGUAACAUGUUGUGUUUGCAAGAGCAGUUUGCAAGCACUAAUUAAGUCUGUAUCUUUUCUAUCACAGAGUAACUGAGUUUCUCUUUAUUGGCAGAUUCUAUAGCUAGUGGAUGUCACAACUGGAGUCAAUUAGAUAGCUCUUGCUCAUUUUCAGCUUCCAGAUUGGUAAAUUGACAGUGGUUUAUCCUUACCCAGUGUUUAAAAUACAGAAAAUCAGACACAGUCAUAGAGACAUGUGCAAGCAUCAUUACAGGCUUCAGAAAAGUGGCAGGAAUGCAAGACUGUGGAUUUACCAUCUUCAGAGCUGACAGACAUGCACAUUCGUAACAUUCGGUUCAGUAUUAGAACUCCUGUGCAACAAGGCACAGAAAAUAGCCUCAUCCAGAACACUCAAUAAUCAAAUUUGGUAUUGUCAAAUCUUUUGACUGAGACUUGACUGUUAUCAACUUAAGUGCCCAAUCAACUGACGAUACCUGUCUAGGGAGAGAAUAGAGAUUCCUGUGUCAAUCUGUUUCUCACAGCACAGUCAGGAUAAAAUCUAAGUGAUCCAAAGAACUCCACUCCUGAUGAUUUUCAGACGUGAUCUGCAUUUCCCGUGCUUACAUGAAAACCAUUUUUACCACAGUAACAAUCCAGAUUCUCACUGUCUAUCCUUGCAUUAUAGAACAGUGAAACAUUGUUACAUGGAGUUGAAAACAUUGACUUUUGAAGACUUGUACUGUAAGAAUUUUGCAUACAUGCUUUGUCUCUCUAUUACGGAGAUUUCCAUUUUCCUUCUUAAGUGUUUUCCCUAGAUUUAUAGAAGUGUGAGCUAUUUUGCAUGAAAUACACAUACACUGAAGUACCAGUUACAAUCUCUAUAAGAAAAUAAUCACCUAAUCCUUAUUGUCACUCAAAAGAAAUAAUCAUGGGAGACUCAUGAGCUUUUUGAAAGUAUUUACAUAAGAAUAUUAUUUUUUCCACUGAUGGUUUGCUAAUCACAGAGAGUACAGUUCUUCUGGAAUACAAAACAUUUAUUCCACAAGAACAGAUAUGCAAAGAAGAGUUAAUACUGAAUUAUAUCACAACAAAUGUAUAGCAACCUGCAUCUCAGAAAGG